AGCAGAGCUUCAGGCUCUACCCUUUCUAAGUUCUACUAGUUCGUACUAUUCCGUAUGCGAAACGAUUUUUUCCGCAUCAACGUUGCGUGACUAACCCCGGAUUUUCACUUCCGUUUCGUGUCCUUCAUCAUUAUCAUUAUUUGUCGUCUCGUCGAUCACUGGUCGACCUUCUCAAUCGUUCAAUGUUGACCGCGACUUUCCGGUCGACUCUGCGACGCGGCGUUUCCUUGUCGGUUAUGUCGCGCCAGGCCACUAAGACGCAGGUUGGGAACUCAGAUGGACAACAGGACUCAGCCUUGGGUACCAGUGGUGCAAGCAACUCAAAUACCAAGACGACAAAUCCGUCUCUCGUCGCAGGAGGUUCUAGUGCUCCUUUCUCGUCCAGUUCACUGAAUGGUGCAGCGACUGCGAAUACAGCAGAGCAGGAAACUAGCCUUGCUGUUGUGACUCCACCGGUCGUCGUCCCAUCUUCGGUCAAUGAGUCUGUUGGACUGACUGGCGUGUGUGCCGGGUUCUCGCGCUCUAAAAAAGCUGUUCUCGCACGUCAAACUGCGAUGAAAACUGGAGCUCUCUAUGCUGGGCGAAACAAUGGAAAAACCUCAAACAUGCAGCAGCACAUUUCGCACCACCCACCGGAACAAAUAUCGUACAACCAGGAAGCGCGAAGCAACGACUGGUGUGCACAUGACGCCUCCCUGGCCAAACCACACCGUGAGCACUGGAUGAAAGCGUCUGCGAAGAAGCCGGGAUGCAACUCUGUAUGGCGGAGCAACAAGAAACCUCACCAGACACAGGAAAAGGCCUCGUUAACAAAGAAUUGCUCGACUGAGCGUUUGUUUGCUUCAGUGUACCAUCCAAAAAGCAGUUGCACGAAAUCUGCCCUUCCGAGAAUGCAGAUGGUUACUGAAGGUACCCUACUUUUCGAACCUCAUGCAGAUUUAUUUCAACGUGAGAUGUAGGUAAGCUGGAAUGGUCACUUAAGCAGAAACUCAGUUUCAAGAGAACUUUUGGAGCUCAUAUAUUCGGGUCCACCAAUCUUUUGUACACUGUCACGUCUUGGUCUUUUUUAAGAAUUAUAGGGCUAGAAGUAGUUGUCCUGCGUUUUAUCCACGGUCAAAUCCAUUCGCACUAGGCUCUUAUAACGCGCAUCCAGCUUAUAACGGGUCACCUUACCCGCUCUAUGAAAUGUAUGCGGGAUACGACCAACGCGGAGGUGAUUUUUACAUUGCAAAUGCUGCUGGUCAGUAUUAUCAAUACCCCGGACAAGCGGCUUAUGACUUGACGAGUGGAGCGAUGGCCAAUGCUACCUGGUCUGCAGGUGUAAUGAGCAGCGCUGGGGGAUACGCGUGCGUUGCCGAAAAUGCAUCGCAGGCUGUACAACAAGGCUACUACAACAAAAACAACUAUUCCAACAUGUACAACAAGAACUACAAGUACGAUUACAGGAAUGCUCCUGCACACCAAAACAACCUGAAUCGCGAUAAUUGGAUGAUCUCUGAUAGCGUGUCGUAUUUGUGCAGGGACGAUGGCAUGCUCAACGGAGCGUCGCUGUCAACGCCAUCAACCAGUGACGGUAAGGACCCGCUGGCACUUGCGGCACCAUCCUACAUGAUUCCUGUGGUGGAGCACGAAAGCACUGCCGUGCCGAUGGCGCAUAACGCGCCGACCUCGAUCGAAGAUGAACAACUACAAGAGCACGAGCAGAACCAAGCGGCGAACACCAUGAUGGAGCCGCCGCCAAUGACGUACACGCGUUCUUUGCUACUGCAGGUCGGUGCAACAAUGAGGCGAACACGGAAGAUGAAUGGCGCCACCGACUCUGGUUUCAUGGAUAUCGUGAAUCAGCUUGAGACUCACAACAAGAUGUCGGUCGAACAGUCGGCGCUUGUUGCUGAUGGCCGGCAAAAUGUCGAGUUUCUGUCUGAUCACAGCAUCUCCAUGUCUACAGUAGAACACAACCCUCUCAAUCAAAGUAAGCAGUGCUCAACCACUGACGUUACUCCUGCAUCGAUUUGCGCGAGCAAGGUCGUGGUAGUGCCGGAGCCGAACUUCACCUGUAAUUCUUCUAGCUUUGUGAUGCGAAACCGCGCGCCAUCGGCCAGCAUAAGCGCUGCAUCUUCGAAGGAUACGAAAACGAUCAAAAAAGAUGUAGAAGUGGAUUCUGUAACCAGCACCACCACCAGUGAGUGCCAUGCUGAUGUCGGCAACGCGUCCUCUGAGGCGGAACAUGUGGCAAACUACCCUCACUCCUCCUCCACCGCAUCUUUGGCAACGACGACACCUACAACUAUAUUGCUAGAAAACAGCGCAAACAGUUUUGACUCUAGCAACAUCGCUUUGGCCGCACAACGAGCAAAGAACAAGCAGGUGCCAUGGAAAACACUGCGAAAGGCACCCAGCCCACUUGACGAACUUCGCGAGACUACUAGAAUGCGCGCGGAAUUACAGAAUGACAACUACACUAAAAAAAUUAUCAUAGGUCAAGAUCACCCAGUCCAGGUCGAAGCUAGUACUACAGCAAAUAGAACUAAGGAGUCCUUGGAGUUCGUGCCGAAUUUAGCGUCGAAAACCUGGAGAGAUAAAACCACGUUUUCUUCGGAAAAGUCUCGUGACAACGAAACAACAAGUUGUGACGCAGAUGUAGUGGGUGGCGCAAAGAUGCGCACUCUACCUCGAUCCGACCUUUGCGGGUACGGGUACAAUGUCGAGAAAAGCAAGAAAACGUGCCACGGCUACUUCUUCAAGCGCAAUCGUUCGGACGUCGCAGCAGAAGUUUCGUGGCGCAGGAGGGAGUGAAUAUUACUUGAGAUACACAGACGAGGCCACACUAUUGUCAGGUGGAGGACAAUUUAUGAAAGUAGGCAAGGAGCAAACCAAAGUAAGUCUACAGCAACGCAGGAGAUGGAGGAGAAUAAUUUCACAAUCUGGGGGAUAGACUACAGGUAGGAGAUGUGCUCAAGUAGUUAAUGUGAGCUAGAUCAUGUUGUAGAACUAUUGGAAGAUGAUGGAUCCAUAAACGUGAUGUUGUAUCGAGCACGACCCUGCACAUACAGGAAUAGAUGAUGAUGUUAAACAUAUGAGAUUAUAGAAUUUCAGGUCUCCACACGUGAACAGCUGCAGCACUGAGUUGUUACUGGAGUUGAAACUUGUAAAAUAUCUAUACACGACCUAAGCAUUUGAUUGUAUUUCUCGACUUGUUGAUUGAAAUGGAGUGCAGCAUGAUAUGUGGGUGUGCCAUCUAGAAUCUAGAUCUACUCCACCUAGUAGAUGAAGUAGCAAGUACCUAGCUUGAUAAGUUUCAACUGUACUUCUUGUUCUUCUACUUGGUUUUUAUGGCAAGCUUCGUGCAGCUAAAAGGUUGGCGAUGAGCAGCAAGCAGGUAUCGAGUGCGAAAUCUGGAGAGGAUGAGUUCGUACCCUCGUACUUUCUGACGUGUGCAGAGAAUAGUGUGAAAUGCUCUACCUUUAUGGCGUCACCGGUACAACUUCUAACUGUGAAAUCCGAUAGACUGGCUUGUUGGUUGUAUUGCGCAGCCGUCUAUCUCCUGUGAUACAAGAUUCAUACAUCAGAAUUAGAACAUCCUUAUGGUGGUACCACCGCGAUUUACUGUUACGUAAUAAUGUGCCUAUCGGCAAUAAUCAUGUAGUGUGAUGCAUACAUGUAACACUAACAACAUUUAUCUUGACAUCCUGACUAACAUUGUUUCUUGCUUCAGCAAUACUAUGGAAUUUGACAAAGACAUGGUUCGUCGGUAGCACGUACAGAACCAAGUAUAUGCUUCUAUCUUCAAUUAAUGACUUGCUGUAUAAUAUGAUUUUGAGUGAUCUUCAAGGUCAAGCUAAUUAGUUCACCAGCAUUAUGUGGAUUUGAAAGCGAUAUUUGAUAGAGGACGGGGUGAGCAACAUGAGGCAUGCGCCGAAGGGAAAUGUGUUGAGCAUAGUAUCUUCAUUGCAGGAGCAUGAAAAUUAUGAUUAUGUAUGAGAGGAAGAAAGGUUAUGACAACAGCAUCAACAAUAAUUAGGAUAACGAUAAAGUAACACGGCAUCGCCUGUGAUGAACAGAAACUGAGUGACCAAAAUCAUGAUCACACGAAACAUGAGCAUACAAUGAAUACUUGUUGAAAGACAUUCUCUACGAACACGAAAAACUACACUUUCCUUUAUACGUCUUCUAUACGAGAAAGAGGAUGACUUGAUGCUGGAUGUCGUUGUCGUGCACAUGUCUAGAAAUAGAAAGAGAUUCACAUCAUUGUCAAACCAACAGCACUCCACGCCUGACGACUGAGCGCUCAGUACGGGUGAUCAUGGAGACAACAGUUGGAAGAUGACGACAGCCCUUGUACUGCUUUUUGAGACGUCAUCGACAGAUGGCGGCGACGAGGGACGGUGGGACAUGCAGCAGUGCUGAAAUUGACACACAGAAACGGCAGGGCGAACUAGUGAGGUGAGA